AUGGCCUCCCAGCCCGAGAAGCGGGUCGCCUCGUCCGUCUUCAUCACCCUGGCCCCCCCACGUCGCGGUGAGGCCGUGGCUGAGGACGUGAGGCGGGCAGCCUGCGAGGCCCGGCCCGGCCGCCCCUGGGAGCCGCCCGCCGCCACGAAGGCCAUUGGAGCCGGCCCGGCGGGGAGGCCCAGCCCCUGGACACCGGCCAGCAGGGCCGCCGCCUCGGUGCCAGCUGCCCCCGCUCCGCUGUCCAAUGGAGGCCGCUCUCUCCCGCCUCCUCCCCGGGACGGCGAGGACUCUCUCCAGGACCUGGAUCUGCUCCCGCCGCCGCCCCCACCAGCAUACCCGCCGCCCCCUGACGAGGAGCCGCCAGCCCCGGGGUCUGAGCUCAUCUCUGACUUCGAGCAGCUACACCUGCCCCCACCCCCACCCCCAUCACAGGCCCCGGCAGAGGGGCCUCCGUCCCAGCCCGGGGCCAGUCGACUCAGGCCCGCCGAGGAGGAGCUGCCGCCGCCCCCAGAGGAGCCAAUUGGCUUCCCGGAGAGAGAGGCGUCCACCGACGUCUGUGCCUUUUGCCACAAGACCGUGUCACCCCGAGAGCUGGCUGUGGAAGCCAUGAAGAGGCAGUACCACGCCCAGUGCUUCACAUGCCGCACCUGCCGCCGCCAGCUGGCCGGGCAGAGCUUCUACCAGAAGGAUGGGAGGCCCCUCUGUGAACCCUGCUACCAGGACACCCUGGAGAAGUGCGGCAGGUGCGGCGAGGUGGUCCGAGAACACAUCAUCCGGGCCCUGGGCCGGGCCUUCCACCCGGCCUGCUUCACGUGCGUGGCCUGUGCCCGGUGCAUCGGGGAUGAGAACUUCGCCCUGGACAGCCAGAACGAGGUGUACUGCCUGGACGACUUCUAUCGGAAAUUCGCCCCUGUGUGCAGCAUCUGUGAGAAUCCCAUCAUCCCCCGGGACGGGAAGGACGCCUUCAAGAUCGAGUGCAUGGGAAGGAACUUCCAUGAGAACUGCUACAGGUGCGAGGACUGCAGGAUCCUCCUGUCCGUGGAGCCCACGGACCAAGGCUGCUACCCGCUGAACAACCGUCUCUUCUGCAAGCCGUGCCACGUGAAGCGGAGCGCUGCGGGGUGCUGCUGA